UUUGUAGUAUUUUUAAGCGCCUUAUUGGCCUUGACAGCUAUUGUAAAUGCCGCCAGUUUGAGUCAGAAUGCACGCGCCGUCGACAAUACUUUGUAUAGCCGCUUUUUAUGCCGCAAAAAGGUAAAUGGUUUCAAGGCCAUAGUGCCCGGAAGUUGCUCUAGAUAUUAUCAGUGCUACAAUGGUGCAAGCGUUGAGUUGGAAUGUCCCAAUUAUUAUGAUUCUGAGAAAAACACAUGUGUCGAUCAGAAUCCUGGAUGUAUUGAGGAUCGCGAAAUGUUUGCUGUUCCUAGACCAGCUGCUGCCAAUGCACCGUGCGCAGGAAAAGCUAGCGGCUAUGUUGUGGGCGAAAAUCAAGCGGAGUGGUACAAGUGCUGUGAUAAUAAUGUAAUUGCCUCGGGUGUAUGCCCAAGUGGGCAGGAAUAUAAUUUGGCACUACUGAAAUGUGAUAUUAAAUCGUCGUGUGGUGGAGAUAAGGAGCCAUGUACAACAACACCAGCGCCAUGUACUACAACAACAACAACAUGCACAACUACAACCACAGCAUGCUCAACAGCAACGACAACACCAGCCCCCACAACAACAACAACAUGCACCACAACACCAGCCCCCACGACAACAACAAUCUGCACAACAACAACACGCACAACUACACUAGCCACCACGACAACAACAGCAUGCACCACAACACCAGCCCCCACGACAACAACAACACGCACAACAACAACACGCACAACAACACCAGCCACCACGACGACAACAACAUGCACCACCACAACAGCAGCUCCCACAACAACAACAACAACAACACUAGCUACCACGACAACAACAACCUGCACAACAACAACACGCACCACAACACCAGCCACCACGACGACAACAACAUGCACCACCACAACAGCAGCUCCCACAACAACAACAACAACAACACUAGCUACCACAACAACAACAACCUGCACAACAACAACACGCACCACAACACCAGCCACCACGACAACAACAACCUGCACCACCACAACACCAGCUCCCACAACAACAACAACACUAGCUACCACAACAACAACAACCUGCACAACAACAACACGCACCACAACACCAGCUACAACGACAACAACAACAUGCACCACCACAACACCAGCUCCCACAACAACAACAACACUAGCUACCACGACAACAACAACCACACGCACCACAACACCAGCCACCACGACAACAACAACAUGCACCACCACAACACCAGCUCCCACAACAACAACAACACUAGCUACCACAACACCAGCCACCACGACAACAACAACAUGCAGCACCACAACACCAGCUCCCACAACAACAACAACACUAGCUACCACGACAACAACAACAUGCACCACCACAACACCAGCUCCCACAACAACAACAACACUAGCUACCACGACAACAACAACACGCACCACAACAACAGCCACCACGACGACAACAACAUGCACCACAACAACAGCCACCACUACAACAUCCACAUGCACAACAACAACACUAGCUACCACAACACCAGCCACCACGACAACAACAACAUGCAGCACCACAACACCAGCUCCCACAACAACAACAACACUAGCUACCACGACAACAACAACAUGCACCACCACAACACCAGCUCCCACAACAACAACAACACUAGCUACCACGACAACAACAACACGCACCACAACAACAGCCACCACUACAACAUCCACAUGCACAACAACAACACUAGCUACCACGACAACAAGAACAUGCACCACUACAACAACAACAUGCUCAACAAUAACUACAACUACACCAAAACCAUGUACUACCACGCCAGAACCAUGCCCAACAACACCACCCCCAGUGUGUAGCUCCUCAGCAGAUGCAAAUGAUAUUAAAAUACAAGCAUCUGUCGUAACGAUAAAACCAAAUGUUUUUGUGCGACCUGCUCAAGAACCAAUCAAUACUAUUUCCGUGUUACCACCGCAAUCGCAUGAAUCCAAUGUAGAUUUAUAUAUACGAUACGCUUGUCGGGGCAAAACGAACGGUUUUAUGCUAGCCUCAUUAAGAAGUUGCAACGAAUACUACAUUUGUCGCAACGGUGACGCAUUGAGAGUUAGCUGUGGUGACAAAUAUUUCAACUCUUUGAAGGGUCAAUGUGAUCUACCAGAGAACACCGGUUGUAUCCAACCUUAUCAGCAGAAAUUUGUAGUAUUUUUAAGCGCCUUAUUGGCCUUGACAGCUAUUGUAAAUGCCGCCAGUUUGAGUCAGAAUGCACGCGCCGUCGACAAUACUUUGUAUAGCCGCUUUUUAUGCCGCAAAAAGGUAAAUGGUUUCAAGGCCAUAGUGCCCGGAAGUUGCUCUAGAUAUUAUCAGUGCUACAAUGGUGCAAGCGUUGAGUUGGAAUGUCCCAAUUAUUAUGAUUCUGAGAAAAACACAUGUGUCGAUCAGAAUCCUGGAUGUAUUGAGGAUCGCGAAAUGUUUGCUGUUCCUAGACCAGCUGCUGCCAAUGCACCGUGCGCAGGAAAAGCUAGCGGCUAUGUUGUGGGCGAAAAUCAAGCGGAGUGGUACAAGUGCUGUGAUAAUAAUGUAAUUGCCUCGGGUGUAUGCCCAAGUGGGCAGGAAUAUAAUUUGGCACUACUGAAAUGUGAUAUUAAAUCGUCGUGUGGUGGAGAUAAGGAGCCAUGUACAACAACACCAGCGCCAUGUACUACAACAACAACAACAUGCACAACUACAACCACAGCAUGCUCAACAGCAACGACAACACCAGCCCCCACAACAACAACAACAUGCACCACAACACCAGCCCCCACGACAACAACAAUCUGCACAACAACAACACGCACAACUACACUAGCCACCACGACAACAACAGCAUGCACCACCACAACAGCAGCUCCCACAACAACAACAACAACAACACUAGCUACCACAACAACAACAACCUGCACAACAACAACACGCACCACAACACCAGCCACCACGACAACAACAACCUGCACCACCACAACACCAGCUCCCACAACAACAACAACACUAGCUACCACAACAACAACAACCUGCACAACAACAACACGCACCACAACACCAGCUACAACGACAACAACAACAUGCACCACCACAACCACAGCAUGCUCAACAGCAACGACAACACCAGCCCCCACAACAACAACAACAUGCACCACAACACCAGCCCCCACGACAACAACAACACGCACAACAACAACACGCACAACAACACCAGCCACCACGACGACAACAACAUGCACCACCACAACAGCAGCUCCCACAACAACAACAACAACAACACUAGCUACCACGACAACAACAACCUGCACAACAACAACACGCACCACAACACCAGCCACCACGACGACAACAACAUGCACCACCACAACAGCAGCUCCCACAACAACAACAACAACAACACUAGCUACCACAACAACAACAACCUGCACAACAACAACACGCACCACAACACCAGCCACCACGACAACAACAACCUGCACCACCACAACACCAGCUCCCACAACAACAACAACACUAGCUACCACAACAACAACAACCUGCACAACAACAACACGCACCACAACACCAGCUACAACGACAACAACAACAUGCACCACCACAACACCAGCUCCCACAACAACAACAACACUAGCUACCACGACAACAACAACCACACGCACCACAACACCAGCCACCACGACAACAACAACAUGCACCACCACAACACCAGCUCCCACAACAACAACAACACUAGCUACCACAACACCAGCCACCACGACAACAACAACAUGCAGCACCACAACACCAGCUCCCACAACAACAACAACACUAGCUACCACGACAACAACAACAUGCACCACCACAACACCAGCUCCCACAACAACAACAACACUAGCUACCACGACAACAACAACACGCACCACAACAACAGCCACCACUACAACAUCCACAUGCACAACAACAACACUAGCUACCACGACAACAAGAACAUGCACCACUACAACAACAACAUGCUCAACAAUAACUACAACUACACCAAAACCAUGUACUACCACGCCAGAACCAUGCCCAACAACACCACCCCCAGUGUGUAGCUCCUCAGCAGAUGCAAAUGAUAUUAAAAUACAAGCAUCUGUCGUAACGAUAAAACCAAAUGUUUUUGUGCGACCUGCUCAAGAACCAAUCAAUACUAUUUCCGUGUUACCACCGCAAUCGCAUGAAUCCAAUGUAGAUUUAUAUAUACGAUACGCUUGUCGGGGCAAAACGAACGGUUUUAUGCUAGCCUCAUUAAGAAGUUGCAACGAAUACUACAUUUGUCGCAACGGUGACGCAUUGAGAGUUAGCUGUGGUGACAAAUAUUUCAACUCUUUGAAGGGUCAAUGUGAUCUACCAGAGAACACCGGUUGUAUCCAACCUUAUCAGCAGAAAUUCUGAAUUUAGGCAUUCUGACAUUACCCAGAAGGGGAAAUGUAAACGGAAACUAU